GUUCGGCAGCUGGAGAGGAGCAUCGGCCUCAAAGACUUGGCCAUGGCAGAGAUGGAGGAGAAGAUCCGCAACAUGGAAGCUUCCACCUACGAUGGAGUUUUCAUUUGGAAGAUAACGGAAUUUGCCAGGAAGCGUCAGGAGGCGAUCACAGGUCGCUCUCCUGCCAUCUUCUCUCCAGCUUUCUACACCAGCAAGUAUGGCUACAAGAUGUGUCUGCGUGUGUACCUGAACGGGGACGGCACCGGGCGUGGGACACACCUCUCCUUGUUCUUUGUGGUGAUGAAGGGACCUAACGAUGCGCUGCUGCGGUGGCCCUUCAACCAGAAGGUCACCCUGAUGCUCCUGGACCAGAACAACCGUGAGCACAUCAUUGACGCCUUCCGUCCCGAUGUGACGUCCUCGUCCUUCCAGCGGCCUGUGACAGAGAUGAACAUUGCCAGUGGCUGUCCCCUCUUCUGCCCUGUCUCCAUCAUGGAAGCCAAGAACUCCUACGUGCGGGACGAUGCCAUCUUUAUUAAAGCCAUCGUUGAUCUCACAGGCCUCUAA